AUGGAGCAGCCCCCCACAAUGCCUGUCUCCGUGUGGGAUCCCUCCAAGCAGCCUGGACACUCCUCGCUGAAAAACACCCCGGACGCUACACCAGACUCCUCUUUGCGUGGCGGCCGUGUUUACAUUUCCGCGAAGAAACCCUCGACCAACUUGGCUGCUGUGCCCGAGUCCAAGGGCAUCGCGUGGACAGAGUUUUCGGCAGCCCUCAGUAAGGUUGCGGCUGCGAACCGGGACAUCCUGCCGAAGGAUCAUCUCGCCACCGAAGUCGAUGACCGCGACAAGAAUUCUCCAGACAACUGGAUUCCCAGACAUCCGGACCUCGUCCGUCUUACGGGUAAACAUCCUUUCAAUUGCGAGCCCCCGAUCGGUAAACUCCUCAAACAGGGCUUCAUCACCCCUGUCUCUCUACACUAUGUCCGCAACCAUGGUAAGUGUCCCCAGAUGUCAUGGGAUGCCCACCGCCUCACUGUCAAGGGUCUUGUCAAAAAGGAGCUUGUGCUCAACAUGGACGACAUCCUCGCCAUGCCCUCCAUUACCCUACCGGUCACCCUUGUUUGCGCUGGAAAUCGCCGCAAGGAAGAAAAUAUGAUAAAACAGACCAUCGGUUUUAGUUGGGGUUGCGCCGCACAUGCUUGCAAUAUAUGGAAGGGCGUCAAGCUUUCUACUUUGCUCGAGAAAGCUGGUAUCGAUCGGGAGAAUGCAAGGCAUGUAUGCUUUGUCGGCCCCGAGAAGGAGGGGCUGCCUAAUGGCACGUAUGGCACAUCCAUUGACAUUGCUACCGCUACAGAUCCGUAUGCCGAUGUAAUGAUUGCCUAUGAGCAGAACGGCAGCAGGUUAGCCCCCGACCACGGCUUCCCACUUCGCGUCGUCAUUCCGGGUUGGAUUGGUGGCAGAAUGGUCAAGUGGCUGGAGACCAUUGAAGUAACGGAUAAGCCUUCUGAGAAUUACUACCACUUCUUCGAUAACAGGAUCCUGCCACCGCAUGUCGAUGCCGAGCUUGCAAAGGCGGAGGGCUGGUGGUACAAACCCGAAUAUCUUUUCAACCAGCUGAACAUCAAUUCGGCAAUUGUUCACCCAGCCAAUGGCGAGACUCUCACUUUAACCGGCGCCGGUGUCUACACAAUCAAAGGUUACGCCUAUUCUGGCGGAGGACGCAAGAUCACUCGCGUUGAAAUCUCGCUUGAUGGCGGUCUCACUUGGCGGCUGUGUAAGAACGACUAUCCUGAGGAGCGACACAGCCAUGCCCCCAAAUUCGGGAAAUACUAUUGCUGGAUGUUUUGGGAAUACACCAUUGAUAAGUUCAUGUUCCUCAACGCCGCCACGGGCUCGGGUGAACUAAGGUGCCGUGCGUGGGACGAGGGUAACAAUACCCAGCCGAAGGAUAUCACAUGGAAUCUCAUGGGCAUGGGGAACAACUGUCACUUCACGGUGAAGGUCAAGCCGCGCCAGUCCUCCGGAGCGUUUGUCCUAGAGUUCCUGCACCCUACAGUGCCUGGACCGACGGCCGGUGGCUGGAUGCCUCCCCCGAAGCCGGUGACUGCAGUACCCUCGGGCCCUGCCCCGGGUAAAUCUCCUAGUGCCCCCGCUCUCUCUUCUAUGGUGAAGACGUACACGAAGGAGGAAGUGCAGGAGCACAAUUCGGAAGAAUCGGCAUGGAUUAUUGUUGAUGGGAAGGUGUAUGAUGCCACUCCGUAUUUAGAUGACCAUCCGGGAGGAGCGGCAGCCAUUGUCAUGAACGCUGGUGAGGAUUCGACAGAGGAAUUCAUGGCGAUUCAUUCGUCUAAGGCAAAGAGCAUGCUUGAGAAAUAUUACAUUGGGGAACUGGCGGACGAAAGCCAACCUGCCGCUGCAUCGGGCAAGAAGUCUAUGCAUUUGUCGAAGUCUUCGGCGCAGCUCAUGAAGGAUGACCUUCCAAAUCAGUCUGUUCAAACGGUCGAGAAGGCUUCGCACUUGUGGGAAGAUGACGACAAGGUUGCUUUGAACCCCAAGAAAUGGACUGAAUUUGAGCUGAUCGAGAAGAUUGAGGUUUCUCACGACACGAGACUAUUCAAGUUUAAGUUGCAAACACCCGAACACAGGUUGGGCCUCCCUAUCGGCUAUCACAUGUUCAUUCAAGCGAUUAUUGAUGGGAAUAUGGUCAUGCGCGCAUACACUCCUGUUUCUUCUGACGAUGACUUGGGUCACUUCACCCUAUGCAUCAAGGUGUACUACGCCGGUGUGCACCCCCGGUUCCCGGAUGGCGGAAAGAUGUCACAAUACAUGGAGAAGAUGGCGAUUGGGGACAUGCUGAAAGUGAAGGGGCCGUUGGGACACUUUGAGUACAAGGGCAGAGGAAACUUCACUGUCAAGGGCAAGGAUAGGUAUGCGUCGAAGAUUGGCCUGAUCUGUGGUGGUACAGGACUGACGCCGGCAUAUCAAGUGAUUAAGGCAAUCUACAAGGAUCUAGAGGACGAUACGGAUGUGUAUUUGUUGUACGCGAAUCAUUCUCUCAAAGACAUUUUGAUGCGUAAGGAUCUGGAGAAGAUGGCUGCGGAGAGGUCAAAUAUCCACUUGUGGUACACGGUGGAUAAGCCCGAGGAGGGAUGGGAGUACAGCAGUGGAUUCGUCAACGAAGAGAUGAUUCGCGCACAUCUUCCAGACCCGGGCGAGGAGUCAUUUGUAGGCAUGUGCGGACCGCCACCGAUGAUCAAUUUUGCGUGCAUACCCAACCUCAAAAAGAUUGGCUUUUCAGAGGAGAACUACAUGCAGUUUUAGAGCGAAGGGACGUUUCGGCUGUGCGUUACAAGCGGGAUGCCCUGCGUGAAUUGUGUGUCUGUACCGUACAUGUAGACGGAGAAUUUGUGUAUAACCAGCAGUAAUAUUUGAUAAAGAUUCGCAUGCACAUUGGACUGCUCAAAUGGCGUUUGUUUAUCUGUAU